AUGGCCGGGUGUCUCGUGUCAGUGCUUGCAGAUCAUCUCACUUCAGUUCUGAUUGGAAAGAUAUUUGAGGAGAUUUCAUUAGCUAGCAGGCACAGAGAGGAUUUGGAACUCAUCUGUGAUGAGCUCGAAUCUAUCAAAUGCCUACUCAACGACGCCGGUGGAGUGUGGAGAACAAACUCCAAUUCAGUAAGAAAUUGGUUGCAGAAACUUGAAGACUUUCUCUACGAAGCUCUCCACCUGUUAGAGGAUUCUUCUCAGCCUCAGCACCACACCACCUGUAUCUCCAGGUACUUACUGGGUCGCAAGAUUCGGGUGUUGAAGGAGAGAAUCCGCUGCAUCCAUCGAAGCUCAAAGUAUCUCAAAUACCUGAGGAACAUGGAUGUGAAGCCCCGUGCAGCAUUACUCACCGGAGAAUCGAUAAGAAAUAGAAGAAAAUCAAGUGGGCUACUUUUGGAAGCUACAACGGUGGGAAUGCAAAAUGAUAUUGAUCUGAUCAGCGGAUGGCUGCUCACAGAUGGCCCUCAGAUCAUUGCUGUAGCGGGCAUGGGAGGGCUAGGGAAAACUCUUCUGCUUCAACACGUUUUCAAUAGCCAAAAGAUCAGAGAAUCCUUUGAUCAUUUGAUUUGGGUGGCAGUAUCCCAAAGUUUUGUGGUGCAUCAGCUGCUUCUCUACAUAGCCAGACAAAUAAAUUUGCCGGAGGAUCAAAAACAAAGUCAUCUAAACGUGGAGGAGGUGAGAGAUAACAUCCGUAGGCACCUGCAUGGAAGCCGCUGUUUACUUGUUCUGGAUGAUGUGUGGGACAAGCAUGCUUUGGGAUCCAUUGGCUUUCCAUUGGAGGGCAGAAGUAGAGCGAUGCUUUCAACGCGCGACAGGAAAGUUUUAGAAAAUGUGGGAGCUCACCGCAUCCAUCACAUGGACUAUUUGUCUGAAGAGAACAGUUGGAGAUUGUUCUGCAUUCAUGCGUUCCCUGAAGAUCACAAUCAGAGUCCGCCGGAGGAGUUGGAGAAGGUGGCCCGUGCAAUUGAAAGAAAAUGCUCCAGAUUGCCGCUGGCGGUGAAGACAGUAGCAGCAUCUAUAGCAAGCGUCAAGCAACUUCCUAAUGAAUGGGAAUCCACGUUGAAUAGGCUAAACAAAAUUAGCACAAUCAAGGACGACAUUCGGCCAAUCCUGAGGUUAAGUUACGACGCACUGCCUGCUUAUCUAAAGCCUUGUUUUCUUUUCUGUUCUGCUUAUCCAGAAGAUGCUAUAAUGAGUUGUAAAUAUCUUGUACUAGCAUGGAUUGCCCAAGGAUUUGUUAAUCCUGAAGAAAGAGAAGACUCUUAUGAGCUAGGAUUCUCUUACCUAAAUGAAUUGGUUGAUCGUUGUAUGAUUGAAUUUGUUCCCUAUGAUGGGAACGAUUACAUCAUUAAAAUCUCAAAGCCAAACCAGAUGUUUGAUCCAGGCUGGAAAAAAUGUGGAGAAGUUCCCCGUAGAAAAGUGCCAUGGCCUACGUAG